CUGGAAGGAGUGGGGAGGGGUAGUGGCCGGCCUGGUUCACCUCAGGGCGCCACAAGAGCCUCUCACACGACCCACCACAACAAACCUCCUCACAAAAAUGGCUUUACAUAUUCCCAAAGCUCCUGGAUUCUCCUCCAUGUUAAAAGAUGGUGCUCGGCACUAUUCUGGACUGGAGGAGGCUGUAUUUCGUAACAUCGCUGCUUGCAAGGAGUUUAGCAAAACCCUGAAAACCGCAUAUGGGCCUCAGGGUCGGAAUAAGAUGGUCAUCAAUCAUUUAGAGAAACUAUUUGUGACUAAUGAUGCUGCCACCAUCAUCAAGGAGCUGGAGAUUGAGCAUCCAGCAGCCAAGUUAAUGGUUCUAGCAUCCCAGAUGCAGGAACAGGAAAUGGGUGAUGGCACCAAUUGGGUGAUUAUGUUUGCCGGUGCCCUUCUAGAAGCUGCUGAGGAUCUUCUCCGCAUGGGUCUCACCCCCACAGACUUGGCUGAGGGAUACCAGCUAGCUCUGAAUAAAGCUCUUGAAGUUUUACCCAGUUUAAAGUGUUGGGAAGUAUCUGAUCCACGUGACUUAGAUCAAGUAACAAAAGCUCUUCGUUCGACAAUAAUGAGCAAGCAGUUUGGCAAUGAAGAUUUUUUGGCAAAACUUGUGGCUCGUGCCUGUAUCUCUAUUCUUCCAGAGAAAACCACUUUCAAUGUUGACAAUGUUCGGAUAUGCAAAAUUCUUGGGUCUGGAGUCCAAACGUCUGAAGUAGUUAAGGGAAUGGUGUUUCGACGAACAGUUGAGGGCGCUGUUACUUCAAAGGAAAAGGCUAAACUCGCAGUGUACUCCUGUCCAUUUGAUGUGACCACCACAGAGACAAAGGGAACAGUUUUGAUUAAGACUGCUGAUGAAUUAGCCAAUUUCUCAAGGGGAGAGGAAAACAAAAUGGAGGAUGAUGUUAAAGCUCUAUCAGAAGCUGGAAUAACGGUAGUUGUAGCUGGCGGCAAGAUAGGUGACCUUGCCCUUCACUACCUAAACAAGUAUAAGAUUAUGGCAGUACGUAUCGUAAGUAAAUGGGAUCUGCGCCGUCUUUGCAAGACAGUUGGUGCCACAAUCUUGCCAAAGUUAACCUGCCCAACUCCAGAAGAAAUUGGUCUCUGUGAUAAUGUGUUCAUGGAUGAGGUUGGAGACACCCCUGUAACAAUUUUCAG